AACUUCCAACAAAAGAACUAAAGCACAAAAAUGAAUAGCAACGGCAAAGAAUCACAGCCUAAUUACCCCACGAUCUACCCUCCAACUGAAGACUACACCAACCCUUUCCAUCAACCAAGCGUUCAAGAAACACUGCCGCAUAUGCAGCCUGCAGCGGCAGCUGCGACUGCGGCUGUACCAUCAUCGUCAUCGCCUCCCCCUCCGUCUGAUCAGAAUUCAGAGAAAUGGGGGACUCAUAUCAUGGGAGCACCAGCCGUUCCCACAUGUCAUCCAGAUAACAAGAAGGCAGCCAUGUGGGGCACUGGUGAUCAGGCUCAAUACUACCAUCUUCCGUAUCUUCAAUAUUCCCCAGUGGAAAAAUCAAACAACAGCCCCAUGGAAUCCAUGCUUCAAGUCUUCAACACCUGGAGCCAUAAAGCCGAGACCAUGGCCAAUAAUAUAUGGCACAACCUUAGAACAGGGUCGUCUGUACCGGAAGCUGCCUGGGGGAAGAUGAACGUGACGGCAAAAGCAAUAUCAGGAGGUGGAUUCGAGUCUCUUUAUAAGCAAACAUUCGCCACUUAUCCAAACGAGAAGCUGAAGAAAUCAUUCGCUUGCUAUUUAUCCACUUCCACUGGGCCGGUAGCUGGAACUCUUUACCUAUCAAACAUUCAUGUAGCUUUCUGCAGUGACCGUCCCUUGUCGUUCAAUGCACCUUCAGGACAGCAAACAUGGAGUUAUUACAAGGUUAUGAUACCUCUGAGCAAAGUUGGGAUAGUGAACCCUGUAAUAAUGAGGGAGAAACCAUCGGAGAAAUACAUACAGAUGGUUACGGUGGAUGGACAUGAUUUCUGGUACACGGGUUUUGUGAAUUACGAGAAAGCGUCCAAGCAUCUGUCUGAGAGUGUUUCCAGUUUUGUAGCCACCGGAGUAGCUGUUCAACCUCCAUCUGCUGCAUAAACAGAGAGGAUUACAACAAUGUGGUUACA